AUGGGCACUAAGACUUCUGACAGGACGGCUGCCGCCGAAUGCAUCUCUGACGAUGCCCUCAUCCACCUCAAGUCUUACAAGUAUUCGGCCGUCGACAAGUCGCCAAUCUCCAACUACAUCCUCCGUCCAUACGUGCGUAACCCUCCGACGAUCCCCCUCCCGCCAGGUGCUGCCCCGCGUCGUCCGAGCGGCAGCGGCUCUAGCCAUCUGUGGAAUGCCGCCGUCGAGCUCUUGCCGUUAUGGCUGGCCCCGAACAUGGUGACGCUGUUGGGCUUCUUCUUCAUCCUCGGAAACAUUGGCCUACUGGUGGUUUACAUGCCUGACUUGGUUGGACCGGGCCCAUCAUGGCUGUACUACAGCUUCGCUUUCGGACUGUUCAUGUAUCAGACCAUGGACAACCUUGAUGGCAAGCAGGCGCGUCGCACCGGAACAUCAAGCGGACUCGGCGAACUCUUCGACCACGGUAUCGACUCUCUGAACUGCACUCUGGCAAGUCUCCUCGAGACCGCCGCCAUGGGUCUCGGCACCUCCAAGUCCGGCGUCUUUACGGCUCUCGUGCCGUGCCUGCCCAUGUUCUUCUCCACCUGGGAGACUUACCACACCCACACGCUUUACCUUGGCAGAAUCAACGGCCCGACCGAGGGUAUCCUGAUCGCCUGCAGCGUCAUGGUCGUCUCCGGCAUAUACGGCCCCGGUAUCUGGACGGAGCCCAUCAUCAAGCUCCUCGGCGAGCAUCACGAGAAGUACACUUACGGCUUCGCCUACCUGCUGGGAGACUACUCCAUCCGUGACAUCUGGAUUGGAAUGAUCGUCUUCUCGCUCUUUGCAACCCACAUUCCCUUCUGCGUCCUUCACGUCAUCAAGGCCAGGCGUGCGCGUGGCGAGCCCGUUGCUCCUGUCUUCCUGGAGUGGACGCCCAUGGCAGUAUAUACCUUCGCUAUUGGCGCAUGGAUCUACUCGCCCUACACCACUCUCCGUACCGACAACCACCUCGUGCUUUUCUGUCUGACCAUGGCCUUCGUCUUUGGCCGUUUGACCACCAAGAUGAUCCUCGCCCACCUGACGAAGCAGCCUUUCCCCUACUGGACCGUCAUGCUCGUUCCUCUUGUCGGCGGUGCUGGUCUGGCUAACCUUCCACGCCUUGGAUUCCCUGCCAUCAGUGCGCAAGCCGAGCUGUACUACCUGUACGGCUACUUCAUCUUCGCCGCAGUCGUUUACUUUCGCUGGGCAUACCUCGUCAUCACAAGCAUUUGCAACUUCCUCGGCAUCAACGCCCUCACCAUCCCCAAGGAGAAACAGCUCGCAAACAAGCAGGCCCUGCUUGCUGCCAAGACCGGUCCGAUUCUCAAUGGCACUACCAACGGCUUCAAGAAGGAAUAA